CCGAUCCACCCACGAAUCUUCCACGCUGCCACGCCAUGGAGGGAUCCCUUUUGGAGGCUGUCCGCAGUAGCGACUCGCAGGAGGUGGCCCGACUGCUGUCUGCCGGUGUGAGCCCCAACGUGCCAGACGAGCUGGGCGAGACACCGAUCUUCGAGGCAACUGCGGUGGACCAUGUCGAGAUCGUGGCGCUGCUUUUGCUUGCCAGGGCCGAUCCCCAACACCAAUCCUUGCAGGGCAUGGUUGCACGGCAGAUGGCACUGGAAGCAACGGCCUCGCUCUUGGAUUUGUUUUCAGGGAAGACCACAGAGACCGAGGAGGCUGUGGCACGAUUACCAAGACCGUUGCAGCUCGAAGUGGCGAAGCACUUUGCAAAGCCAUCAGAGCAAGCAGACCACGCAGAACCAGUACAACAGCCAGAGCCAAAAGAGUUCGAGGCGACACAGGAGCAUGCUCAGUAUGAUUUUGCUGAGGAGCCCAGAACCACAGGUGCUGAAGAAGGAAGGAGUCUGAGGAGGCAUGAGAUUUCUGAGACCAGCGAGCCCAAAAGGCAAGAUCCCGCUGCUGAUGAACCAAAGGAGCCAAGAAGUUCAGAGGUUGAUGAAGCCAAUGAGCGGAGGCACAAUCUUGAAGCUGAUAAACCAGCGCGCUCAGCAGCUGAGGCGACAAGGCAUCAGCACGAUGCUGAGCCCAAGAUGAAUGCUCAGAACCAAGACCGAGCUUCUGAGCACAAGGACCUCAAGGACCGAGCUCACGAGCACUUCAACAUGGCCAAUGACACGGCACAUGCUCAUGCCGCAGACGAACAGAUCUCCCAACAUCCAGAUACUUCUGCAUUGCCCAAGGCAGUCGAGGAGCAGAGAGACUUUGUCGCAGAUUCUUCCGAAGGUGGCGCAGGAGCAGCCCCAGGCAGCGGUUGUAUCCACGUGGUGCUCCAUUCACCUCUGGUGGCACUGCGACGUGAGCCCUGCAUGCGCAGCACGGUGCUACGUCAUGCGAGGCCUGGAGAUCGUGUGGCGCUGGCGGACUGGGACGCCACCGGCCAAUGGCGCCGUGUGGCUGGAGAGGAUGGCUGGAUGCCGGUGAAGCAUCCGUCCCUCGGAUGGCUGGUGAAAGCGGAAGCUGAGGAUCACUUCGUCCGAGGCUCUUGGAGCUCCAUGAGCUCUUUGUGUGAAGAUGUUGAGCCGAAAAAGAUCACAGUGCAGGAAGCUUGGCGACAGCUCUAUGAGGGUGGAAUUUUAAACAUCCCACCACCCAACGGGAGCAAUGCACCCUCGAUCGCUGGCCAAGCCUUGGCAGAAGCUGCCAUGACUGGCCGGGCUCAGACAGCUGAAGGAGAGAAGGCCUUGGCCUCCUUGGACAUACCAACUUUGGAAUAUGUGAUGGCAUCCGCCCUGCAGCAUUUGCGUUGAGCCCACCGGUUUGUGGGAAAUGUUGG